CACCCCAAUACAUCAGUCGUCGGAAUUAUAGCUGCCUCCCUACAGCUCUCCCCCUUGGCUUCCCCUUUCUUCAAACCGAACAGAAUUUAUGUGUAUUUGCCGCAUGAGGACGUCCAAGCAUUGGAACUCAGUUGCUGGGGUUGCAGCAAUUCAGCCUGCCGCUUGCUCCGCGCCGGAGACAUGAAUCUACCAUAACGGAAUUCGCGUUCCCUGUUAAAAUCGGAUAAAUCAAAACUGUUUGUUUGCCGCCUCGUGGGGUUUAUAUUUCGUUUCUGCUGGUCAAUAACUGUCGUCAAGUGAAUAGCUGUUAUCGCCAUCGCUUCAAUUCCAAACUGGAGGAGUCGUGAUCAACGGGAAUGAAAUUGAGAAAAUCGUCCGCGGGUUGGAGGACGGGGCUGAGUUUAGGUCGGGAACUACGAGUCUAGAUAUUUCUAACUUUGUGCGCAAGACUUUCUCUUUCUAUAUGGACCGAUCAACAUCACUGGAUAUCGAGGCUCUGAAGAUGACCCAGGAGCAGUACAUCCUUGCGGCCCAGCCCAACACCCUGAGCCAGCGGGUACACCAAGGUACCCAGGCCUACCCGGUGGGUAUCUACGGCUGGAGGAAGCGCUGCCUCUACUUCUUCAUCCUCCUGCUCCUGGUCACCAUGAUCGUCAACCUGGCGCUCACCAUCUGGAUCCUCAAGGUCAUGAAUUUCACCGUGGAUGGAAUGGGUAAUCUUCGUGUAACCAAAGAGGGGAUCAGGCUAGAGGGUGUUUCUGAGUUUCUGCUCCCUCUCUACGUGAAAGAAAUAGAAUCCAGAAGGGACAAUCCUCUGAUCCUGCAGUCAGACAGAAAUGUGACGGUGAACGCAAGAAACAACCUUGGUCAGCUAACAGGACAGCUCACUGUGGGCUCAGAGAUGGUGGAGGCCCAGUGUCAGAGGUUCGAGGUGAGGAGUCCGGACGGGGAGCGGGUGCUCUUCUCCGCUGACGAGAAGGAGAUCAGCAUCGGCACUGAGAAACUGAGGGUGACAGGUAACGCAUAUACACAUGCAUGCAGACACAAACACACAGGCGGAGGGCAGCAGGUAGCCUCUAGGGUGACAGGUAGCCUCGAGGGUGACAGGUAG